UUCUAAACCACUUAUCUAUCCACCUUCGCCUCUCUUCUCGACCUCUUUCUCUUUCCCCUCAUCAAUUCCAUCAACAUCUCAAAUCAACCGGAAUUUCCCCAUCUCGCCUGCCAUCGGAUCGUCCCGUUGCAGGCUUUUGUAAGAACGCACGCUGAGAUUCCAGCGUGCUGUUGAGUGAGGUUGUUUCGUCGCGUUGCUGGCUUCGCCUGAUUCCCUUUCCUAUCUCUUGUGUUGUUUGGUCGCAGGCAGACAAACACAGUCAUUGCCCCACGAUAUCUACUUUCAUCCUUUUCUAUCAACUAUCCAUUGAAAUUUUCACCAUGAAGAGCGUCAUCCUCCUUUCUCUGGCCGCAUGUGCCGUCGCGGCGCCCACGGCCGGCGUCGAGACCAUCCACGACGGCGCUGCCCCGAUCCUGUCAUCUUCCAACGCCGAGGCAAUCCCCAACGCCUACAUCAUCAAGUUCAAGAAGCAUGUCGACCACAAGUCUGCUGCAGACCACCAGAUGUGGAUCCAGAAAGUCCACGGCGAGCGUGAGGAUGAGAGACUUGAGCUCCGCAAGAGGGGUCUCUUCGACUCUGUGAACGAUGCCUUCACUGGCCUCAAGCACACCUACAACGUCGGCAGCGGCUUCCUUGGCUAUGCCGGUCACUUCGAUGAGGAGACCAUUGAGAAGGUCCGGAGGCAUCCUGAUGUCGAGGCCAUUGAGCGCGACACCAUCGUUCACACCAUGAGAUACGAGGAGGUCAAGAAGGACGAGUGCAACCCUGACCUCGAGAAGGGUGCCCCUUGGGGUCUGUCGCGUGUCUCGCACCGCGAGUCGCUCUCCUUCUCGACUUACAACAAGUACCUCUACUCGGCCGAGGGUGGUGAGGGUGUUGAUGCUUACGUUAUUGACACUGGCACCAACAUCGACCACGUUGACUUCGAGGGCCGCGCACACUGGGGCAAGACCAUCCCUGCCAACGACCAAGACAUCGACGGCAACGGUCACGGUACUCACUGCUCUGGCACUGUCGCCGGCAAGAAGUACGGUGUCGCCAAGAAGGCUCAGGUCUACGCCGUCAAGGUCCUCAAGUCCAACGGCUCUGGCACCAUGUCCGACGUCAUUGCCGGAGUCGACUUUGCCGCCAAGAGCCACAAGGCUCAGGUCAGCGCCGCCAAGGAUGGCAAGCGCAAGGGCUUCAAGGGCUCCGUUGCCAACAUGUCUCUCGGUGGUGGCAAGACCACGCUGCUUGAUGCUGCUGUCAACGCUGCCGUCGAUGCUGGUAUCCACUUCGCCGUCGCUGCCGGAAACGACAACGCCGACGCAUGCAACUAUUCUCCCGCCGCUGCCGCCAAGGCCGUUACUGUUGGUGCUUCGGCUCUUGAUGACAGCCGUGCCUACUUCUCCAACUGGGGCAAGUGCACUGACAUCUUCGCCCCUGGCCUAAACAUCCAGUCCACCUGGAUCGGCAGCAAGACCGCCAUCAACACCAUCUCUGGCACAUCGAUGGCUUCCCCCCACAUUGCUGGUCUCCUGGCCUACUACCUGUCCCUCCAGCCCGCUUCUGACUCGGAGUACUCCCUUGCCACCAUCACCCCUGAGAAGCUCAAGGCUGAUCUCAUCAAGGUUGGCACCGUCGGUAUUCUUACCGAUAUCCCCAAGGACACUCCCAACGUGCUUGCCUGGAACGGCGGCGGUUGCAGCAACUACUUUGAGAUCGUCAGCAAGGGCGGCUACAAGGCCAAGGCCCAGGCUGACAAGUCCAGCUCUCUCCUGGACUCCGUCACAGAGCUUGAGAAGGCUAUCGAGCAUGACUUUCGCGUCAUCUCGGGCAAGGUCGUGAAGGAGGCUUCCUCCAUGACAGGUCAGGCUGAGAAGCUGUCGGAGAAGAUCCACCAGGCUGUUGAUGAGGAGCUCAAGCACUUUUUCGGUGAGGCUCGCGUGUAAGAUGUCUACCGGGUUUGGAGCACCGCUCCUUUGUUUCAUAUGUAGUGCAUGUGUGAUUUGUUUCUUAAUACACCAAAGAUGGCUUGUUUGAAUCAUUGCCUCAUCAAGAUUUCCUUUGUCAUUUUCUCACAGCAGUGGUUGAAUGGGAGGAUACACGAUGCAAGAUAUUGAUGAUUAGAACCUAGGUUACUCUUGCUCUUCAUUUGAAUAUACAACAUUGCUUCGUUAGGAA